GACGUUCGGGUGUCCGGACGGCACCGGCGAAGGAAGCGCCCACCUACCACACGCCCUCACCUAAUAAGGAUGGGGAUUUCCUCCGCCUCUCCUGCCAGCCUUUCAAAGGAAGUGAAAGUGAAAGGGGGAAAGAGGAGGCUUCAGGGCUGAGGAGAUCACAGCGCCAUGAAGCUCCUGUCUCUGCUCCUCGCUGUGGCUUUAGGCUUGGUGACCAGGGUCUCCGCGGGACCGGCAGUGGUAGAGUGCUGGUUUGUGGAGGAUGCAGGCGGAGGCCGCCUGGCCAAGAGACCCGCUGCCUUGCUGCUGCGCCGAGGCCCUGGGGAACCGCCUCUCCGGUCGGAUCUCGACCCUGAGCUCUACCUCCAAGUGCAUGAUCCUGCGGGCGCCCUCCAGGCUGCCUUCAGGCGGUAUCCCCGGAGCGCCCCCGCACCUCACUGUGAGAUGAGCCGCUACCUCCCUCUCCCUGCCUCAGCGACCUGGGCCAGCGGCCUGAACCCAGAGCAGAGCUGCCCGCGGGCCCUGGACGGGACUUGGCUCAUGGUCAGCAUGUCUAGCCGGGUCAUCAGCCUUUCCAGCCUCCUGCAACUACAGUCGGAAUCUCAGAGGGACUCUGCAUUCAUCACCAUGGCAACAGCUGUGCUGACUGUUGUCACCCACACCCCUACCAUUCACAUCCGACUGGGACAAGAUGCUCUGCUGGACUUGAGCUUUGCCUACAUGCCCCCCACCCCAGAAACUACUGCAUCCCUGGCCACAGGCCCUCCCCCCUUUGGCCUGGAAUGGAGACGCCAGCACCUGGGUAAGGGGAACCUGCUCCUGGCUGCAACUCCUGGGCUAGGUGGGCAAAUGCCAGCUUCCCGAGAUGGGGCAGUUGCAUUUGCCACUUGGGACGACAAUGAGCCAUGGGGUCCCUGGACCGGAAAUGGAACCCUCCGGCUGCCUUCAGUGCGGCCCUUCCAGGAGGGCUCUUAUCUGGCUACCAUACAUCUGCCAUACCUACAAGGGCAGGUCACCCUGGAGCUUGCUGUGCAGAAGCCCCCCAAAGUGUCCCUGACGCCAGCACCUCUUGUAUGGGCUGCCCCUGGGGAGGUACCCCCAGAAUUGCUCUGCCUCGUGUCCCACUUCUACCCCCCCGAGGGCCUGGAGGUGGAGUGGGAACUCCGAGGUGGCCCAGAGGACAGCUUUCAGAAGGCCAAGGGACAAAGCUGGCUGUCAGCCCUGCGCCACCACUCAGAUGGCUCUGUCAGCCUUUCAGCACACCUGCAGCCACCCCCUGUGACUGUGGCUCAGCAUGGGGCCCGCUAUGCCUGUCGUGUUCACCAUCCCAGCCUGCCUGCUUUGGGGCGAAGUGCUCAAGUCACCCUUGAGGUGGCAGGUCUCUCUGGACCCUCCCUGGAGGAUGGCAUAGGCCUCUUCCUUUCUGCCUUUCUGCUCCUAGGACUCGUCAAAGCGCUGGGCUGGGCAGCUGCCUGCCUGCCUGCUUCUAAGGAGUCAGAGGAGAAGAAAGCACAGUGACAGUACUCACCAUCCUGGGGAAGCCACCAUCAUCUUUGGCCUGAGCUACUGUGGUAGUUCCUUCCCCCUCAAAUAUGCCAUCACCUGCUCCUGCUCCUUCCAACCUCUUUCCACUGAGCCCCCAGAAUGUUUUGUUGUUGUUUUUACAGACACAAAUCAAUGGCAUUCACCUUCGUGAGUUCUAGGGCAGUGGUUCUCAAAAUUUUCGGUCUCAGGAAUUCUUAAAAAUUAUCAAGGACUCUUAAGGAGCUUUUGCUUAUAUGGGUUAUAAACUAGAGACAUUUAUCAUACUAAAACUUAAAACAGAAGAGUUUAAAACAAUGCACAAGCACAUUCCAUUAGUUGUUAGGGUGUUAGGGGGAUGUAUGUAAAUAUACAUCUUGUAGCUACUGGAAAACUCCACAGCACAUUUUUGAGAUGAGAGUGAAAAAGGCAAAUAAUAUUUUAGUGUAACUAUGAAAAUCGUUUUAACUUCGCAUACUCUGUGAAGUAGUCUCGGACCCCUGAAUGUGCUUUAGAGGCCAAAUCCAUUCUUCUUGCCCUUGGUACAUGCAUUUUCCGCUGGAGUCGCUGCUAAACUCUUCAACCCCACCCGCUACCCUCCAGUCCUUCUCUCAAGGCUCGUCACACCGAAGGGCUAUUCCUUUCCUCCAAUGGCCCUGGGUCCAAGAACUUUGCUCUCUCCCCGGUCUACCCUCGCUUUCCCUGGGCUCCACACCAGGCCAGCCUUGCCCCCCCCCCCCCCGCCAGACCCCCGCUGUCCCAUUUGUGGGGUUGACCACCUUUGUAUUUCAGUCGUUAAAGCUUGUCUCUCCUCCCGGACUCUCUGCUCUUGUAAGGCAGGAACAGAUCUGCUCGCUGCGGUAUCCCGGACGCUGGACCUGGGUCUGGCGUCCCCGGGAGGCGCUCGGUAUAAGAUACUGUAGUAUUUUCCUUUUCGUUCUAAGUAUUCAAAAACGGGUCUUGGGUGAAAUAACUACUGGACGAAGAAUGAUGCGGCUCUACUUGAGGACCUCCGACAGGCAGGGUGGUGGGCCAGACCUAUGAGGGAGGGGGUCUAAUCGGGUGAAAUAAAGUUGUGUUUUGAUGCUUCCAAAGGAA